ACGGUCACUUUGAUUUCUGCGUCGUGGCUUCGUUUUGUGCAAAGAAUUUUUUAUAUUUUAGUUUUAAAACAACCACUUAAUAAAUAACCAUGGCUUUUGACGCGAUUCCUAAAGAUCUGCGAGGACUGCGGGCCUGCCUUGUUUGCUCCCUAGUGAAAAGUUUUGAUCAAUUUGAGACCGAUGGCUGCGAAAAUUGCGAAGAGUUCCUGCGAAUGAAGAACAACAAAGACAAUGUGUACGACCAUACAAGCAACAACUUUGACGGGAUCAUUGCCUUAACUACGCCCACAGACUCCUGGGUGGCCAAAUGGCAGCGAUUGGCUCGAUUCACCCGUGGUAUCUAUGCGAUUUCCGUCUCUGGAACUCUGCCGCAGUCCACUUUAAGAGACAUGAAAAACCGAGGAAUCGUUUACAAAUCCCGAGACAGAAGCCAGCGAUGAACAAACCGAUUGCCGUACAAAAUACAUGUAUAAAUCUUUAUUUUUAAGUUAUAACAAAACCACGAAUACAUACAAUAGCAAUACAAAA